GAUUAUCAUCCACUUCUAUCAUAGAUAGCUAACAUACACUUCACUUCUCUCAGAUACUAGCCUGGUCCAUAGUAACCAACAAUGGAAGGUACCAGCCCAAACACGUUUACCUUCAUCACCACCACCAUCGACGCUCCAAGUCCAAGCAACCCUGAGAUAUCACCAUCUCCUUCUGCUCUUUCAGGACUCGCACAAACUUACCCUCCUGGUUUUUCCAGAAAGGUGUUUGCGGAGGUUAUCGGAACGUUUCUGUUGGUGUUCGUGGGAAGUGGUUCUGCGGGUCUCAGUGUUAUUGAUGAGAGCAGAGUGUCAAAGCUCGCAGCUUCGCUUGCUGCAGGACUCAUCGUCACAGUGAUGAUUUACUCAAUUGGACACAUUUCUGGAGCACACAUGAACCCUGCGGUUUCCCUUGCUUUUGCUGCCGUGAGGCAUUUUCCGUGGCCACAGGUCCCGUUUUACGUAGUAGCUCAACUCACUGGAUCCAUUUCUGCUUCAUACACAUUGCGAGAGCUUUUCCAGCCAUCAAAGGAAAUUGGGGGAACAACACCUGCUGGAUCACAUAUCCAAGCACUGAUCGUGGAAAUGGUGACUACUUUCACCAUGGUGUUCAUUUCCAUGGCCGUGGCCACUGACACAAACGCUACAGGACAACUAUCAGGAGUAGCAGUAGGUUGUUCUGUUAGCAUAUCAAGCAUUGUUGCCGGACCAAUAUCGGGGGGAUCAAUGAACCCAGCAAGGACAUUAGGUCCUGCAAUUGCAACAUCAACCUACAAGGGACUUUGGGUAUAUUUUGUUGGACCAAUUACUGGGGCAGUUUUAGCAGCAUGGUCUUACAACGUGAUUAGGGACACGGAACACCCUGGUUUUCCAUUUUCACUAUCCUCCCUUUCAUUCAAGGUACGCCAAAGCGUUAGUGGAACCAAAACCGACCAACGAAGCUUGGUUUGAAAACAACCGUGUAAUGUUUUCCACACCGCCCAAAUCAACGUCACCUUGAAUGUCUUGUCAUCGAGGAUCUCAAGUUCCACAUGUAGUAUCAUCAAUGCCAUACUACACCAUGGUAUUAUUAGUUUGUCCAUGUAUGAACUUUGAGGGUUAUGAUGAGCCAUGUAUAAUGCAAAAAUGUGUAGUGUGUUUAUCCUACAUUAAUGAAAUGUCAGUUUCAUAUGAAAUGCAAUGCAGACAACAAAUCGGAUGCUAUUAAUGCUAA